AUGUCAGUAGAUCAGACGAUAUCAGAACUUAGUGGAACAUUAGCACAACUGAGCAGUUUGGUAGAACAUAUAAAUGGACAAAUUAAUGGAAUCACAAGUAGGAUUAAUCUUACGCUGGACAACUUUGAUCAGGCAGUGGCAAACAUCGCGAAAGAUGCUGGUUCGGUAACUUAUCAAGUUGGAGACUCCGUUUCACAGGUACCAAGCUCAUGGGUGUUCUACAUGCUCUUCAUUACCCUGAUCAUUGUCUUCAUUCUCUUAUCAAUUGUUUUGAUAUUGAACCUGAUAACGAAAGUUCACGCGAUCGUGCGAAUCGUCAGUAACAAGGAUGGUGAGCAAACAGUCAACAUAUUCCACGUUAUCUUGACACCUUACUAA